AUGAAGCGUGAUAUUGAAGCGAUGAAAGUUGAAUGGACGAUACCCAGCUCUGAACUUGAGGGACAAGAUCAGCACGCUGCUACAUUGUCAAACAAGGGUUACGCUAGCGUUUCCGCCGGUCUCGGCUCGUACCGAGGUGAGAAUAUUGUUGCACUAUGUACUCCGUCACUCUGUAUUCACAUACACGACAUUAUUCAGAGGCCAUAUAAAUAG